ACUGGCAGAAGCCGAGAAGCGCUCAUUUUUAAAAUUUGAUGAUGUCAAUAAGUUUUUUUCCCCCAAAAAGUGCUGUAAGCGAUCAACAAUUACGGAACCGCCAGUAUUUUCAUAAGGAGAAAAACGGCCAAGGACAACUGUUGCAAGGACAACUGCGCGAAUCCUGUGACUGGAUCACAACGGCUAGUUUAAAUGUGAACAUUUGCACAUUAACCAGGCAGUAGCAAGUUACUUUCCUGUUUCAUCCGAGCACAGUAUCGCAAUAGGCAGCAGCUGCCUUCCAAGCCCGGGAUUGGAGAUGUCAAAGCUGGCGGACCCACUUUCUUUGAACGGAACAGCUUCAUGGCAUUUUUCUGCAAUUUAAUUUGACUGAAAGAGUAAGUGGAACCCAAAAAAAGAAAUCUAUGAAUCAGCCGGAGUUUGCUGCUGAGAGCAGCCUUUCAUUUACAGUGAAGUAACAGUUGCAAAAUGGGCGGGAAAACUGCAAAACAUUCAAAUAUUGCAUCUCUAUCGGGGAUACAGUAACUGAUUCAACUGUUGUAUUUUCCGACAUUAUUUUGAGAUUUUUUUUACAAUUGUGAAGGUGAGAUACUAACUAUCCACGCAGUGGCUGAGAAGAAGAGAAUAGUAUUUUGAUUUUUUUAUGCUUUGGGGUAACAUGGGGCAAAUCACUUGAAAAUGUUAACUUUGAGAUAGCCAAACUAUCCCUGGACUUGUAUCACGUGUAUUAUAUUGAUGGGAAAAAAGGGGCGGACCGGGUAACGUCAUUACUAGGGAUCACACAUCAAUUACAAUAGUUAGUAAAUACUAUACUACAGAGCGGGACUACAUUCUUCAUCUCCACCAUACCUGUUGGCGUCUGUGCUUAUCGGAUUUCGACAUUUUUGAAGUAUUAAUAAUGGAAACAGCUGAUGGAUCAGACGGUGACAAAUUAACAAGCGCUGCAGCCAAAGGAGACUCGAAAGAAGUCAAUACUUUGCUAGAAAACGGAGUGAAAGUGGGUGCAAUCAAUAAGUUUGGCAGAACUGCACUUCAGGUGAUGCAAAUGGGUAAUACUAUAAUAGCCAAAUCACUGCUGAAAGCUGGAGCUAAACCAAACCAGCAGGAUCGCGGCGGAUUCACACCAGCUCACGAUGCGGCUCGGGAAGGCUUUCUAGACACUUUGAAAACCUUGGUGGACUUUGGGGCAAACGUGAAUAUUGAAAAUUCUGAGGGCAAUUUGCCCAUCCAUCUUGCUGCACAGGAAGGCCACACCGAUGUAAUUAUUUUUUUGGCAAAGAAAUCAAACCUCACACAUAAAAAUAAAAUGGGACAAACUCCCUAUGAGCUAGCCCGGAUGUACAAGAGGACGGAGACAGUGCAAUGGAUGGAACAGAAUCUAUAGAACAAACGUGAUAAGCAAGUGCAGUCUUAUAGUAUUUAUUGUAAUUGUCAGCUAACACAUAUACAUUUGUUUAUUAGUUUCCAUUAUUUGUAAUUCUAUAUAAAAAGUACUUUAUUUCCUCGUCUGUGUUCAAUGCCUGUGUGUG